GUAUCAAAAUAUAUAAAAGAAAAAUGUGAACAAUUUUGUCUAUUUAGUUGAAGAAUUUCACUUGUUGAAACAAGCGGUUUUGGUGGAUUUUUAUGGGUGUUUUUCGAUCUUAUUAUUAAAUGGAGUCUGUUGGAAACAAGGACUUCCCACUUGUUUAAACAACACGUCUUAUUGUUGGUAAAUGAAGAAUGUACAAAAUUUGGGGAAAAUUUAAAGCCUUUGUGACAAAUACUGGAUCUGCAUUACAUUUAUUUUAAUGUUACAGAUAUAUAAUUAUUUUCAAGAACAAUUACUUUAUUUAUUUAUUUCCUCAACAAAAAUUAUGCAAAUUCAAUUAGUAAAAAAUGAGAAAGGAAUUACAGAGUGGAUAAUGAUGGAAUUACCGGGAACUCUUACAAUUAAUGACCAAGUUGAUGGUCAGAAUUUUGGAAAAUUAUUGUGGGAAAAGAAAGAUGACGGGAAGGAAUAUGUCAAAACAAUUAUUGGCCGUCAAUUACUGCAAGGAGAAUGUGUGGAAUUAGAAAAACCUUUUUUAGUAAUUAAUCGAGCUUCUCAACGAAAAGAAAAACCUGGAAAUGCUUCAAAAGGAGAGAAAAAGUCUUGUGAUGUUGUUGCAAUCAUUAGAAGGAAGAUUUAUUUUAGUGGAAGACCGAAACCUAUAAUUGACAGUUUUUGAUUUGAAUUAAAUUUAUACACUUAUUAAUUUAGGAAUAAAAUAAAAAUUAUUAUUAUCUUCAAAAUUUUUAAUUUAGAAUUCUUUAUUAAAUUUGGAAUUCUUAUUUGAACUUUUUUUUUUAUUUAUCUAGUGGACACUAUACCUGUGAUGGUUAUAAUUCAUUUUGUUUAAGCCAAAAUCUAUUUUUCUUAUUUCCAUUAGUCUGACAGUCGUUUUAUUAUUAUUAACUGACAGCAGUUUUUUAGGUA